GUCUCGUGUACACCGCCAUUCAUUAAAAUCGUUUAACCCCCCAUCUCUCUCUCUCUCUCUCUUCGACUCUGAUGCCGAGACGCCAUAAAGGACAACCGAACUCAAACACUACCCGUUGCUACUACACAUUCACGUCACUCCUACUAUCUCAUGGCAGCCCACCUCAAAACCCAAACCCAAACCCAAACCCAACUCACCACCAAGCCCAAGCGCCGUCGCUGUCGCGAAACCACCAUCUCCUCCUCCGCCUCCUCCACCACCACCUCCGCCUCCAGUUCCUUUCAUUCCCAAUCUGACUCCUCAUAUCACCACCGUAAGCUUGACCCCCCCACCGUCGUCUCCUCCGAUUCCUCCUGGUGCUGCCCCGCCUCCAAAUUCCCUCCUCCGCCGCCUCCGCCGCCCUCUCCUCCACCUCCCUCCUCCUCCCAACGCUACUCAAACCCUGACCCCAUUUCCAUUUCACUAUCGCCUUCGCUUGUUGACUCUCCCUCAAAUCUCAGGAUUCGUUACUCACCCACUACUGCUCCUCAAGUUAUGGACUCCUCAACCACCGCCGCCGUCUACGCCGCCGAUUCUUUCCCUUCUUCUUUCAGCAAGUUCAAUUCGGCUCUCACUGCUGGACUAUUGAAUCCCAUGUCUCCACCACCACCUCCCUCCGACAAGGCCCGAUCAAGCCCAACCCUUUUCGAAAUGAUGGCCAGCGAGCCCGAUUCCAUUCCCAGAUCCCAGAUCGCCGCCGCCGCCGCCAACGCCAACGCCAACGCCAACGCCAACGCCAACGCCAACGCCAACGCCGCCGUGUCGGUCAACAAAUCCCAGGUUUUGGGUCAGGACAAGCAAGCCUUGAUUCAACAGCGAUUGUCUGAGAUUUUGGGUUCUCGGAGUCCGGGCAGUCAGUUCAAUGACCCCAAUUCGAGCGAUGUGAAGCUCACGUUGAGUUCCAAGGACGGACUCACUGUUUCCAUGAAUGCUCAUCGGCAGAUCUUGGUCGCUCACAGCCGAUUCUUCGCGGUUAAGCUUUCUGAUCGGUGGUCGAAGCAGCAGCGAACUUCUAACCCCUACAUUGUCGAGAUUUCUGACUGCGAUGACAUUGAAGUUUACAUUGAGGCUCUAAGUUUGAUGUAUUGUAAGGAUUUGAGGAAGAAGCUCAUGAAGGAAGAUGUCAACAGAGUACUUGGAAUCUUGAAGGUUUCAGCUGCAAUUGGGUUUGAUGCUGGGGUUUUGUCAUGUUUGGAGUACUUAGAGGCUGCUCCAUGGGCUGAAGAUGAAGAAGAGAAGGUGGCUUCUCUGUUAUCGGAGCUUCGGCUCGAAGGGGUUGGGGCAGGGGAAGUUCUUAAGAGGGUUUCGAUUGAUGUUACUGCUGGGGUUGAGGAUGGGAAUGGAAAUGAAGAAGUGCUGCUCAAACUUUUACAGGUGGUGCUGGAAGGAAAAGAUGAGAAGGCAAGGCGAGAAAUGAAGGGAUUGGUAUCCAAAAUGCUCCGUGAGAAUUCGACUCGAAAUGAUUUGAGGAAAGAGUCUUUGUAUUCUGCUUGUGAUGGGUGUUUGCAAUUGCUUCGCCGCCACUUUUUACGGGCAGCAGAUGUGGCAGACUUGCAGGACAUGGCUCAGAUUGCCCGGCAGGCGGAUAAUUUGCAUUGGAUUCUGGAUAUUUUGAUUGAUAGACAGAUUGCUGAGGAUUUUUUAAACACAUGGGCAGCGCAAUCUGAAUUGUCUGAUGUACAUUCUAAAGUGCCCGCCAUUCAUAGGUACGAGAUUAGCAGAGUGACAGCUAGGUUAUUUGUUGGGAUUGGAAAAGGGCAGCUAUUGGCUUCAAAGGAUGCAAGGUGCUUGCUCUUGCAGACUUGGUUGGUUCCAUUUUAUGAGGAUUUUGGGUGGAUGAAGCGGGCUUCGAAAGGCCUUGACAGGCAUUUAAUUGAAGAUGGUCUGAGCAACACUAUCCUGACUCUGCCUCUAGCUUGGCAGCAGGAAAUUUUGAUGUCUUGGUUCGACCGGUUUUUGAACUUCGGUGACGAUUGUCCAAAUAUACAGAGAGGUUUUGAAGUUUGGUGGAGGAGGGCUUUCUGGAGACGAAAUGGUGAUACUGGACGGCCCCGGCAAAUGCGAGUUACAUCCGCAAGUGUUGAGAACUCAUGAAAUUUAGUAAUUCCAAAACGAGGGGGGAUAAUGUCAUUACAAUGGUUUUAUCUCCUUUUAUCCUCUUAUGAUCACCUUGUCCUCAUUAGACAUUAUGGUGUUUUUCUGUCUUCUUCCAUUCUAAACCAGCCCUGGCAAUUAUUUUGAAGGGAUUGAAUUCGUGAAGUUGGGUGAUUUGUUUCUCUGAUAGAUGUUUCCGGGUUUAAUCUAGAAGAAGUGAGAUAUGUUUGGUUGCAACUUCACAUUUUGUUGGGAAUAAUCACAAUAGAGUAAUUCUGUUCAAUUUAAUACUUCCAGUGAGCCAUUUUCUUUCUGUUGCUAUAUCAUUGGAAUUGAUUUCUAGCUCAUGAAAGGACUGUUGUGACCUAUUCUUUUAGGUUUUGAAUGUCAUCAAAUUAGGGUUCUUUUGGACAAAAGAGUUUUAUUUUGGUAACCAAGACUGUUGGACUGUUGACUAUUGGGUAGACGUGACAAGCUAAGGCAUAUGAAAAUUGAGAGUGGACAUUAGCAGCAAUGGGUUUUGCUCCCCUUAAGCUUUUUCAUGUAAGUUCGAAGUUGUAGUUACUGGUUCUUACUGUGGUCACACUUGGGAUGAAUUGGUGACCAUAAAUUGGUUUAGAUAGGGUGUGAAAAACAUCCUUUCUUAUAUCAUGUUUUUGAAGUGCAAUGUUGUCCCAGCUUCUGAUUAAAUAUAAUUGAAUGGAAAAUGGCCCUAAUGGAAGAUUUGUUGAGUUUAUACUGCUUUCAUGGUGAAUCCAUUUUGCAUGAUAAAUAUUAUCUCCUGUAAGUAUUAUGGCUCUACAUAAUGCACUAUCAACUCAUUACAUCUGGUGAUUCAAAACGGGCAGCGAGUGGUGAGGUUUACUACAUUUUGGUUUGGUCUCACUUGCAUGCGAAUCUUGUCACAUACAGGUAUAUAUGGACAUGUGAAGGCAUUAGGAAACUUCCUUUUGAUUGCCACCUGAUGCUGCCUUUCUACCAGUUGUGCAUUUGAGUGUUUGGGUUCAGCUCAAAUAUCUAGUGUUUUUUUAUUUUUAUAAUCAAAAGAUAUAUCUCUUCUCCAUAAUUUAUUUAUGUGUUAAUAUUUAUUUUUCUUUG